AACCCAUCAUUAAAUUAAACCAUACUUUUCCUUUUCUUUACUCUUUCCUCUCUCUCCUCACCCUUUCCCCUUCCCAAAACACAUCUCAUUAAACCCUCUUCUCUUUCUCCCCCCCUCGAACCAACAAAGAAACAGACUAGAACAAGGAGAGAGAUACCAACAAUCUCUCUCAGAUCUCUUUUUUUUGGAAAACCCCCAAUUUUGAAUUUUUAAAAAUGAACCAGAAAUCACUGAUUUACGCGUUUGUUUCACGAGGAACUGUGAUUCUUGCUGAGUACACUGAAUUCAGCGGGAAUUUCAAUUCCAUAGCGUUUCAAUGUCUCCAGAAACUUCCUGCUACUAACAACAAGUUUACUUACAACUGCGAUGGUCAUACUUUCAAUUACCUCGCCGACAAUGGGUUUACAUAUUGUGUUGUUGCGGAUGAAUCGGCUGGAAGACAAGUGCCUAUGGCUUUUCUGGAGCGUGUCAAGGAUGAUUUCGUGUCAAAGUAUGGCGGUGGGAAGGCUGCCACAGCCCAGGCCAGUGGUCUUAACAAGGAAUUUGGGCCAAAAUUGAAGGAACAUAUGAAGUAUUGUGCUGAUCAUCCUGAAGAGAUAAGCAAGCUUGCGAAAGUGAAAGCUCAGGUUUCAGAAGUUAAAGGUGUCAUGAUGGAGAACAUUGAGAAGGUUCUGGAUAGGGGAGAGAAAAUAGAACUUCUUGUGGACAAGACCGAGAACCUUCAUUCACAGGCACAAGACUUUCGCAGUCAAGGGACACAAAUCCGAAGAAAAAUGUGGCUGCAGAACAUGAAGGUUAAGCUGAUUGUAUUGGGAAUACUGAUUGCCUUGAUCCUCAUCAUAGUCCUCUCUGUUUGCAAAGGCUUUAAUUGUGGAAAAUGAGAGCUGGCUAUUCUUUGAAGGCUUGAUAAUACUGUUUCUAGAGCUUUUGCGAGUUGCAAAAGCAGAUACUGAAUAUAUUGUUAUGACCAUGUGUGUAGCAGCAACUAGAGAUUUCUUUGAUAUAUCGUCCAAGAACUUAUUUUUGAAUGUGAAUGAAACCCUAUAUGUUAUUGUCA